CUGCGCAUCCCUCGGACACAGCGGAUCACCGAUCACGGAAAGAGCCGAAGAUGUCGGCUCGGUCAUGUGAUCAGCCGUGUCCAAUCACAGCUGAUCACAUGGGACAUGUACACUGAUGAUCAGGGCACUGAUGAUCAGUGUGCCCUGAUGAUCAGUGUAGCCCCAGCAGUGCCACCUGUCAGUGUCCAUCAGUGCCUUAUGUCAGUGCCUCGUGCCAGUGCCCAUCAGUGCCACAUCAAUGCCACAUAUCAGUGCCUACCAGUGCACAUCAAUGCCACAUAUCAGUGCCCAUCUGAGCUGCCUUUCAGUAUCAUCCAUCAGUGCCAGUCAGUGCCAUCUAUCAAUGCCAAUCAGUGCCACCUAUUAGUGCUGCCAAUCAGU